AAGCACUCGUACGGAACCCUCUAGUGGGGACUGCCAAAACGAAACCUCUUGGAUUCUUCUAUAGUCGGCUCCUUCUAUAAUCCCAAACCCCCCUCAAAACUCACUCUAUCUACCACUUCUGCCACUCCCACCCUCCAACAACAAAGACUUGACACGAUUACACAAAGUUAACAAAGCACAACACAUCCCUUGCAAGAAAGAAACCUAAAAGCCAAAAAAAAAAGGAAAAGAAAAGAAAAAAAACCUGAAUCCUCUUGGACUCUCUCAGCUCUCAGAUCUGAGUUCCAGAAAUUAAGGAUUCCCUUUACUUUCCCUUCUCCUCAUGGAUCUUUUUCUUUCAAUUUUAGAUAAAUAAAUCACAAAAAAAAAUCAAAGAUCCUUUUUUCCUAUUUUUUUUUGCCGUUGAAAAAAAUGGAAAAGGUGGCUCCGCCUCCGAUUCUGAUGCACCGGAAGCGCGAUCUAUCGUACGACAUCGUUUCGGCGGGUCCGAACGAGAGCUGGAGGUGGGAGUGGGACAGCGUGCGUUUCGCAGGAAAACCACCGCCGCCGCCACCACUGUCCCCAAACAACGACGUCGUUUUCGAGGCGGAAAGUGUCGUUCCUCCUCUACAGUUAAAGCUCGGAGGAACAACAAGAGUGAAUAACAAUAACAUCAAUAUCAACGUUAGCAACAAGAGAGUUAGGUCGGGGUCCCCCGGAACGGCGUCGUAUCCGAUGUGCCAGGUGGACAACUGCAGGGAGGAUCUGUCGAAGGCGAAGGACUAUCACCGGAGGCACAAGGUGUGCGAGGCUCAUAGCAAAGCCUCGAAAGCGCUUCUCGCGAAUCAAAUGCAAAGAUUCUGCCAGCAGUGUAGUAGGUUUCACCCGCUCUCGGAGUUCGAUGAGGGGAAGCGGAGCUGCCGCCGGAGACUCGCCGGACACAACCGGCGCCGGCGGAAGACGCAGCCGGAGGAUGUUACCUCGGCGACUCCCGCGCCUGCUGCCGCCGCGAAUUUGGAAAUCUUCAACUUGUUGACUGCUAUAGCUGGAGCUUCGCAGGGAAAAUUUGAGGAAAAAAGGUCACAAGUUUCGGAUAGAGAGCAGCUUGUUCAGAUUCUCAAUAAGAUACCUUUGCCUGCAGAUCUUGCAACCAAGUUGCUGGAUGCUGGGAGUGGUAAUGUUAAUGGGAAAAAGGAUCAUGUGCAAUUGCAGACACCAUCAUCCUCCUAUCAAUGUCACGAGUCUCAUGACCUACUGAACCACACCCCGGCUGCCCCGUUAACUAUGGACUUGCUUGCUGUUCUUUCCACCACUCUUUCUGGGGGUUCUGCCCCUGAUUCCAGUGCGUCACCCUCUCAAAACCGCAGCUGCAGCAGUGAUGGUGGCAGUGCUGACCAGACGAGACAACAGCAAUUCUUUUCGGUUGGUGGAGAAAGAAGCAGUAGCAGUUCCCAGUCUCCAGUUGAAGAUUCAGAUUGUCAAGAAGUUCGAGUUAAUUUACCACUGCAACUCUUUAGCUCCUCUCCGGAAGAUGACAGCCUGCCUAAACUAGCAUCUUCUAGAAAGUAUUUCUCGUCUGACAGUAGUAACCCUGCUGAAGAGAGAUCGCCAUCGUCUUCUCCUCCUAUUGUGGAGAUGCAGUUUGAUUUGCAGGAUGGGGCUAGAGGUCUCAAGCCAGAGAGUAUAUCCUCUGGAAGAGGAGUUAAUGCAAAUAAGGAAGCCAGCCAAAGUCAUAGUUCUAAUAUCUCUCUUGAUCUAUUUAAAGGGUCAAAUAACUGGAUCCAACAACCUAGUUCACUUCAGAGUGUUCCAUUCCAAGCUGGGUAUACAUCUUCGGGCUCUGAUCAUUCACCUCCCAGUUUGAAUUCAGAUGCUCAGGAUCGCACUGGGAGAAUAAUGUUUAAACUAUUUGACAAGCAUCCCAGCCAUUUCCCAGGAACACUGCGAGCACAGAUUUACAAUUGGCUAUCCAAUAGGCCAUCAGACAUGGAGAGCUACAUACGGCCUGGUUGUGUGGUCCUAUCAAUUUAUGCUUCAAUGUCUUCUGCUGACUGGGAGAGAUUAGAAGAAAACUUCCUUCAACAUGUUCAUUCUUUAAUUCAAAAUUCAGAUUCUGAUUUUUGGAGAAAUGGAAGGUUUCUGGUUCAUUCUGGCAGUCGGUUAGUUUCACACAAAGAUGGGAAGAUUCGCAUAUGCAAACCAUGGAGAACAUGGAAGUCUCCAGAGUUGAUAUCUGUGUCCCCUUUGGCAAUUGUUAGUGGACAGGAAACCUCUAUUUCAUUGAAGGGUAGAAACUUGUCAACUCUUGGCACAAAGAUUCACUGUACAGGUACUGGCUCUUAUGCAUCAGCAGAAGUCAUAGGUUCUGCACAUUCUGGUGUGAUGUAUGAUAAGAUAAAGUUGAGUGGUUUUAAAGUUCAGGAUGUAUCGCCUGGUGUUCUGGGUCGCUGUUUUAUUGAGGUUGAAAAUGGUUUCAAGGGUAACAGUUUUCCAGUGAUAAUAGCUGAUGAGACCAUUUGCAAGGAAUUGAGACCACUUGAGUCUGAAUUUGAUGAGGAGGAAAAAAUAUGUGAUGCCAUUUCAGAGGAGCAUGAACAUCAUUUUGGAAGGCCGAGAUCAAGGGAGGAGGCUUUGCACUUCUUGAAUGAGCUUGGCUGGCUGUUCCAAAGAGAAAGAUUCUCUUAUGUGCAUGAGGUUCCAUGUUAUUCACUUGACAGGUUCAAAUUUGUACUCAUAUUUGCUGUGGAAAGAAACUGUUGCAUGCUAAUCAAAACCCUUCUGGAUGUGCUGGUUGGUAAACACUUGCAAGGGGAAUGGUUGUCAACGGGGUCAGUGGAGAUGUUGAAUGCAAUCCAACUCUUAAAUAGAGCAGUGAAAGGAAAAUACGUAGGCAUGGUUGAUUUGCUCAUCCACUAUUCUAUACCAAGCAAAAAUGGUACAUCCAGGAAAUAUGUAUUUCCACCAAAUCUUGAGGGUCCUGGUGGUAUUACACCCUUGCACUUGGCGGCAUGCACAUCUGGUUCUGAGAGUGUAGUUGACUCUUUAACAAGUGACCCACAGGAGAUUGGUUUGAAGUGCUGGGAAUCCCUUGUGGAUGCAAACGGACAAAGUCCACAUGCCUAUGCCAUGAUGAGGAAUAAUGACUCUUAUAAUGCGCUGGUCGCCCGUAAACUUGCUGACAGACAAAGGGGUGAAAUUUCGGUAACAAUUGCAAAUGCAAUAGAGCAACAGUCACUGAGAGUGGAGCUUAAGCAAAAGCAAAGUUACUUAGUCAAACGAGGUCAGAGUUCUUGUGCCAAGUGUGCGAAUGCAGAAAUUCGCUACAACAGAAGAGUUCCAGGUUCACAUGGUUUGCUUCACCGCCCCUUUAUUUAUUCAAUGCUAGCUGUUGCAGCUGUUUGUGUAUGUGUUUGUGUGUUCUUCCGUGGUCGCCCUUUCGUAGGCUCAGUUGCUCCCUUCAGUUGGGAAAAUCUGGAUUAUGGCACAAUGUAAUGCUGCUGGUGGGAUACCCAAUUGUUCGUUUUUUUCCCCUCAUAUGGAAAAACUGCUUCUGUGGGAAAAUGGGGAAUUUUGUGUCAAGAGCCCAAUGUAAACAUAUCAUGUGGUGAUGUAGAGUUGUGGAGAGAUGUUAGGCAGAUCCGGGAGAAACAACAAAGUAUGGCUGCCUUGUGUAUAGAGAUUCUGACUUGAAUGCUGCAUAUUUUCUUUAAUGCCUGAGUUUAAGGAUAUAACAAGCUAUGACCUGAAUGUUUAUCGAUUGGUGUUGGAAGUUCUGAGUAGGGGAAAUCUUCAGCUUUUUUGGCCUGAUUAAACUUGACAUUCCAAAUUUAAGUUGGAAUGGAAUGUGGAAUUGUGGCCACAAAGCACAAACAAUUAUGAAAGCAGUAAGCAUUGGGAAUAAAGAGAAUUGUGGUGAGUAAAUGUUGGUUAUUGCUGGUGAAGGUCAAUACCUGGGUUCGUUGCCUCCUUCCCAACACGAUAAACCAAUAAAAGUUCCAUGCUUUAUUUUUCCGGUUAAUUGUUCUGUUAUUUUAAGUCAAAGUUACAAGUCCAAGGUGUUCUGAUGCAUUAGUUUUCGACACUGUAAAGUUUGAUUUGAGGUUACUGAUCAUAGGGUAGACCAUAUUAUUAUAUGAUUAAAAAGUGUAAUAUAUUUCAAGUUAUAUCUGAUUUAAUUAACGUUUCAGAUUCGUUUUCUGUUUGUUCCGA